AUGCUAGACUUCCUCAAACGCGCCCUGCGCAAACCACACACAAAUGUAUACGGUCUAGACCAUGCCGUCCUCAACAUACAGCUCACACAGCAGAGCAUGUGGAUGAACAUGGGAUAUUGGGAGUACACAAAUGACUUCCCAGAAGCAUGCCAAGCGCUCCUAGAUCAGGUUCUCACGGCUGCGCUAUCAACAGAGAAAGCGUCCGCCGUAAGAAUCCUAGAUGUCGGGUGUGGGUGUGGUGAUCAGUCGUUGUACCUGACGAAGGCUUUGAAUUGCUCUUCUUCUAAAUCCCAGUUCAGUUCUGAGUCUGGAACUGGGACAGCAACCCCUGCUUCUGUCUCCAGUAUUCCGUCUGAUAUUCAACCAUCAAAAUCAGGCCUGCGGCAUCGCCAUAGCAAGACAAACCUGCCAUCUUCUCCUUUGGUACGCCUAGAUUCUUAUAUCGGGAUCACCCUGGAACCAGCGCAGGCUGCGCUUGGUUCUAGCCGCCUUCACCAUAUGCAACGAGAGAGCGAGGACUUUAUUCAGGCGGAUAUCUUCUGUGCAGACGCCGCAGUACCAAGCUCUUGGACUGGAGAGUUGAAGAAAUCAAUCACAGCUCUUGAAGAAGCGUCAAACAAACCAAAUGGAAAUGAAAACGAAGACACAUCCACAUGGCUUCUGGCCCUGGAUACGAUAUAUCACUUCCGCCCCUCGCGCCUUCCUCUCUUGACCUACGCACAAAACACACUCAAUGCCUCAUUUAUGGCCUUCGACUUGAUACUAUCUAAUGAUAUAACUUGGUAUGAAAAGAUCCUUCUCCGGCUGGUGUGCUGGGGAACAAACUCACCAUUCGGGAACUUCGUGUCCGAGGAGGAAUACGUGAAACUACUUGUUACAGCCGGGUAUGAUCCUGGUUUUAUUCAGAUUCGAGAUGUCUCACAGCACGUUUUCGGCGGGUUGGCGGGUUUCAUUAAACGCAGGGCGGAGGAGGCAAGGCCUUUUGGGAUUAAAUUGGGGAAAUUCCGUGCAGCGAGCGUUGUUUUUGGGUGGUGGGCCAAGGGGAGGGUUGUUAGGGGUGUCGUUGUUGUUGCGAGGAAAGAGUGA